AUGCGCGCCUUUCAUCCUGCCGCCGGCCACCUCCAGCGUGCCGCGUCCGCCAGAUUGCGCCUCGUGCGACAUGGCGCGAACUGUCGACUACUUGCGACUAGCUGUCCGCGACACCUCGCAUCUGUCACCGCAGAUGCCAGAUCCGAAAAGAGCCAAUCUCUCGCCCUACCAUCCACUGCUCGAUACAACGAAAUUGGCGUUCAACAGCUCAGCACACAUGUCUAUGAUCAAAUAUUCCCCGACGGCGCAACUCCUCCACCACAAGAACUUGUACAAUUAUCCAGAGAUCAUCUGAGGCGCCAUGAUUUACUCGGCAAGAAUACCGACGACGCGCCCCCCGUAGCAUUCGACCUCCCUGCCCUCCAAGGUCGCACUCUCGACGAGCACUUCUAUAAGCUGGGCCUUGACUGCGCCGAGCCGUACCUUACUCUCGCCAAGCAGUUUUCGCGCGCCAACGCGCCUCCCAAGCCUCGCAAAUGGAUUCGCCGCAGCGGCUGGACCAAGUACUACCCCGAUGGCCGUACCGAACAGGUCGACGCGCCUGACGAGUCCGCCCUGUGUUUCGAUACCGAAGUCAUGUGGAAGGAGAGCCCAUAUGCCGUCAUGGCCUGCGCCGUAGGACCUACAGCCUGGUAUGCCUGGCUCUCGCCAUGGCUUCUGGGUGAGACUGAGAAUGACAAGCACCUCAUUCCCCUUGGCGAUCCAACCACGGACAGACUCAUCGUCGGCCACAAUGUCGGCUUCGAUCGUGCCCGUAUCCUCGAAGAGUACGACAUCAAGCAGACCAGAAACUCAUUCAUGGAUACAAUGUCACUGCACGUUGCUGUCAAUGGCAUGUGCUCACAACAGCGACCAACUUGGAUGAAGCACAGGAAGAAUCGAGAGCUGCGUGAACGAGUCGCCAGCCAGACCCCCGACCACGAGCUCGCCGAGCUCUUGAGCAACAGAAGCAUGCAUGAAGAGGAAGAGCUCUGGGUUGAGCGCAGCUCCGUCAACUCUUUGCGAGACGUCGCCAAAUUUCAUCUCGACGUCAACAUGGACAAGGCUAUCCGCGACGACUUUGGCGAAUUAAACAAGUCCGAGAUUCUCGCCAAGCUCGACCCCCUCCUCGACUAUUGCGCUGCUGACGUUGCCAUUACGCAUCGCGUCUAUAAGAUUGUCUUUCCCAACUUCCUCGACACCUGCCCGCACCCUGUCAGCUUUGCUGCUCUCCGCCAUCUUUCCUCCGUCAUCCUCCCCGUCAACAAUUCUUGGGACGCAUACAUUGCCAACACCGAAGCCACGUAUCAUGAACUUUCCGACGCUGUCCAAGAGAGACUCGUUGCCUUGACGGACAAGGCGCUCGAAAUCAAAAACGACCCCGAAAAGUGGCAAAACGAUCCGUGGAUGAAGCAGCUCGACUGGUCGGGCCAAGAAAUUCGCAUGGUCAAGGGCAAAAAGAAGGGCGACCUUCCUAGACCGGCUGCCCGACAGAAAAAGCCCGGCUGCCCGCAAUGGUACAAGGACCUAUUUUCAAAGAAUGACGCUCCCAUCAGCAUUACAGUGCGAACUCGAAUCGCCCCGCUGCUGCUGAGAAUGGCCUGGGAUGGCAACCCUCUCGUUUGGUCCGACAAGUAUGGUUGGACCUUUGAAACAGAUCGUUGCAACGCGCAAAAGUAUAUCGACAAGCAAAUGAUACAGUGCCAGUUUGAAGAAGCCGAUGCGACGCUGCGUGACGACAAACGACAUGCCUAUUUCAAGCUUCCACACAAGGACGGCCCUACCGCCCGCUGCGCGAACCCCAUGGCCAAGGGCUACCUCCCCUAUUUUGAGAAUGGUACACUGUCCUCGGAGUAUUCGUAUGCCAAGGAGGCCCUCGAAAUGAAUGCCUCGUGCUCGUACUGGAUCAGCGCCCGCGACAGAAUCAUGUCCCAAAUGGUGGUCCGGAAGCAAGACUUGCCCAACGCCGACAAGUCCGCCGAGUCUGCAGCCAACGGCCUCGGCUUCAUCCUACCGCAAAUUAUUCCCAUGGGCACCAUUACGCGACGCGCGGUGGAAAACACGUGGCUCACAGCCAGCAACGCAAAGAAGAACCGUGUUGGCUCCGAGCUCAAGGCCAUGGUGCGCGCCCCCGCGGGCUACAGCUUCGUCGGUGCCGACGUGGACUCGGAGGAGCUAUGGAUCGCCAGCCUCAUUGGCGACGCCACCUUUCAGCUGCACGGCGGCAACGCCGUCGGCUUCAUGACACUCGAGGGCACCAAGUCGGCCGGCACAGACCUGCACUCGCGCACGGCCUCCAUCCUCGGCAUCACCCGCAACGACGCCAAGGUGUUCAACUACGGCCGCAUCUAUGGCGCCGGCCUCAAAUUUGCCGCAACUCUGCUGCGCCAGUUCAACCCCGCACUGUCAGAGCGGCAGACGAUGGAGACGGCGUCGAAAUUGUACGCGAGCACAAAGGGCACCAAGACGAACCGAAAGACGCUGUACAAGCGGCCGUUUUGGCGCGGCGGCACCGAGUCAUUUGUCUUUAACAAGCUUGAGGAGUUUGCCGAGCAAGAGCGACCGCGCACGCCGGUCCUCGGCGCCGGCAUUACUGAGGCCCUGAUGGGCCGCUUCAUCAGCAAGGGCGGCUACCUCACCUCGCGCAUCAACUGGGCUAUCCAGUCAUCGGGCGUCGACUACCUGCACCUGCUCAUCGUCGCCAUGGACUACCUCGUACGGCGCUUCGCCAUUGAUGCGCGCCUCGCCAUUACUGUGCAUGACGAGAUCCGCUACCUGGUCAAGGACGAGGACCGGUACCGCGCCGCCAUGGCACUGCAGGUCGCCAAUGUGUGGACGCGCGCCAUUUUUGCGCAGCAGGUCGGCAUCCAUGACCUGCCGCAGUCGUGCGCCUACUUUUCUGCCAUUGACGUCGACCACGUCCUCCGCAAGGAGGUGGACAUGGAGUGUGUCACGCCCAGCCACCCGACCGCCAUCCCGCCCGGCGAGAGCCUCGACAUUGCGACACUGCUGGCCAAGGGUGACGCGGCGCGGCUGGACCCGGCGAUUGUACCCGACGCGGCGCACGCGCCGAGACUCGAUGCCAUCCAGUAUACGCCCCGCGUGCCGGUAAUGCAGGCCAUCCGGGAUGUGGUGGGCGGUGACGGUAUGCCGUUUUUAAAGGCGCAGAUUGUGAGUGAUGAUGCCGAGCUGCGGGAUAUUAUCAAGGAUGUGCGCAAGGAGGAAUUGCCCAAAGAGAAGCAGAUCAGCAAGCGCUCGCUCAAGUCGGUGCUGCCGUACCGUGCACACCCGCAGCUCGUGCCCAUGGACGAGCCCAUUUCGGUGGCCGAGGCCAUGGGCAACUCGAACCGUGGCGCCAAGGGCAAGUGGACGUGGGCCAAGAACACGACAAAGGGUUCGCGCCCCAGCUGGAGAGUGUAG